AGUCCAGUAACUUGCAAUAGCUCAACUUGAACUUGACCAACCAACUACUUAACCAACCAACAACAAUGUUCUCUCGUCUAUCCACCGUUGUCUUCUACGUACUUUUCGCCUUGACCGCUUUCGCGGCCGCUACACCUUGGGCAACCACCACACCCCCAGUGACCACCACUGUUACCAUCACCGCUACCGCACCGGGAACUACUAUCACCUCUGUUAGUCAAUGCAACACUGGUGACUUGCAGUGUUGCAAUAGCGUUGAGAGUGCCUCCUCAGCAGGUGCCUCCUUGCUCCUUGGUCUCUUGGGCAUUGUGCUGAGCGAUGUCACUGGACUUGUUGGAAUUACUUGCUCCCCUCUCUCCGUCAUUGGUAUCGGUAGCUCUAGCUGCACUGCUGAGCCCGUCUGCUGCGAGAACAACAGCUUCAACGGGCUCAUUUCCCUUGGCUGCUCCCCUAUUACUCUUUAAACGGUUAUAAGGAUUCUAGUUGGUGACAAAGAGUUUCUUCGGGUAUAUAAAGUUUGAACAAUGGCUCGUGGAUUAGGGCGUAACUAUCUUGUACUCUUGUGUAACUGAUCUUGUAUGAAAUGUGCAUGGGGAUGUUAUUUGCCACUUACUUAACGCGGCGAAAUUCAA